AUGGAAAUCUCUGAACUGCUAUCGACGCCAGGAUACGUGUGUGACAAUUGUCACCACGACUUUGGGCGUUCGGACCACCUACGGCUGCACCAGCAAGGACGCUGCCGCGGUAUCCCAGCGCCCCCGUGCCAGCUUUGUGACGUGUGCUGGCAGUGGGUCAAAGGGAACAAGCACCAUGUCACGCGCCAUCAGAGAGGCAGUAGAUGUCGCAAUCUCGCCGAUCGCAUCGAGCACCGGAACCAGAUCGCUGCAGCGAGGCGACAACGCGACGCAGCAUACCACCGAGAGCGACGUCGUCAGCAACGGGAGUCAGCUGGAACCCAAGACCAGGUGGUGGAAUCUGAUGGCAAACAAGAUCAGUUGGACCAGCUGCUCGAGUCGGAUGAUGGGCAAGAUCCGUCAGACCAUGUGGAUGAUUGUGGCACGGACAAUCCGACUCCGCCUGAUUUCGCCCAAGAUCAAGUUGCUCGUGACGACGCCGAGGACCAGGUGUAUGAUGAUUAUGCACAUGAUCUUCUUGAUCAGCUGGUGAUGAUUGGAGAUGAUGAUCUUUCGGACAUUGUUGCCAUGCCCAACCUUUUGGAGCUAGAGCACCAAGACAAUGACAACCACCAAGAGAUUCAAGGUGCACAAGAUGACCAAGUUUGUCAGGAAAAUGAGGAAGAGGAGCACGUCCAGGCACCUGGUCACCAAGAAUCAAGCAAGGCUACGGGGCGCGACGGUGUUACCGAUUGCGUCAUAUGCCUGGAUCCUCUCGGUGGUGAGACAUGGGUGUGUGAUCAAGACAGUUGUCGGCAGCCGUACCACCGAGAGUGCAUCAAGCGGACAAUCCCUAUUGACCCACGGUGCAGCAACUGCCGUGCCUACGUGCAUCUUGAAGUUGACGACGAUGAAGUGAUGAUUGUCAAGCAUGUGGCGGCACCACCAAAGUGUGUGGUUUGCCUCAAAAUCAUCACGGGCGUGGUACUGGAAGGGCCUCAAUGUAUCCACACGGUUGACUACGAGUGCCUCGUGACGUACAACGCUCAAUAUCUGCGCAAUAUUCGAUCCCGCGACUUGCAGUGCCCAGCGUGUUCGCAGCCGUUCCCAGUCCCUGAUGAGCUAACCUUCAGUGAUGAGGAAAACGACGAAGGAUCGGAAGAAAACGCCUUUGAGUAUGAAGAACCGGAUGGAGAAUCAGAAUCAGAAGAUAUGCAAGACGAUGGAGACAACAGUGUCGACGAAUAUCACGCGAGUGACUUCAACGAUAGUACAAUAAAGGACGAUGUACAAUAA